CGUACGGUACAUUUUGUGAGUCGUUUGAUUUUUCAAUUUUAAAACUAAUUUUGGAAAAAUUAAAAUGUGAGACAGCGAUGCCUCAGUUUGCGGACGUUCUAUCCUGUCGCAAUACCAGAGGGACUGAGGACUCAUUCAAGGGACUAAACUUCCUCCAAACCUGCUUCUCAUUCAUCCAGCAAUCUUGUCUUGAACGGACGCAGCAACCUCUCUCAUCACCACAACCCAACACCAUCGCUGUGUCAACAUCUGUAUACUAGCUAGUACGGUAGUUGUUCUCCUUUUUGACGCGUGUUGUCUGUGUUUCAAGUCACUCUCUGCUGCCGUCCUUUUCCGUGUCUAUCUUUCCAAACUUUGAUUUUAUCAUGACACUGUUGCAAGAUGUGAUCAAUGCCUAUCUGGCUCCCUUAUUGUCGAAACAUGCGGCUGGAGAUCCAGUGACACAUGACGACCUUCUGGCGUCCAUGGAAGCCUCCAAGGCCGUGUUGGCGAAUUCUCCCAACGAGUUUGUCCUGAAACGAGCUCAAAAUUUUCACAAUGCCCAACUCAACGCGUACAAUGACUCGGCCAAGAAAGCACUGGAGCAAUGGGCUCAACAACAAUCUCCUCCUGCAGUCCUCAAGGGGGAAACCCAAGCUGCUUAUAGUGCUCGAUGCUUGGCCUUGGUGAAAUCCACACGACCCAAGUGGCAUCUGGAGGAGUCCGAAUUGGAAAGUUGCAUUCACAGGCAUGUGCAGCAACGGGCCAAUGAAGUAUAUGCCCAACAACAAAAACAACACACCACCGGCCACAAGCGGGGACUUUCGGCGUUGAGCAGUGAUUCGGGUGCCGACGAAGAGGAUGGAGAGGUCAUUGAUGGAGAAGAGGGUGACAACAACAAUAACAAUACACACGAGGACGACGAACAAAACGAGGAGGAAGAAGAUGGUGAAGAGGAAGAUGGCGAAGAGGGUGAAGUGGAGGAUGACGAGGAAAUGAGCCAGUCGGGGGAUGGGAAUAGCACUACUGUGGAAGCCAACACCAAUGGAAACAACAACACCACUGCCAAAAAUAAUGGAAACAACAACAAUGGCAAGAAAAAGAAGCCUCAACAAGGACGAAAUACGAAGAAACGCGUCAUCAAAAGGAAAUCGGCCAUCCAGAAAAAGGGGCCACCUGGAAACCAAAAGGCCAACAACAAUAACAAUAAUGGCGCUGCCAAUAAGAAACCCACAACCCGCAAAAAGCCACAGGGCAAAAAGGGAGGUCGAGUUGGCAACAACAAGAAUGCGUAAAGGAUAUUGGAUUCUUGCUGCAAAGAGGCGUGUGCUUGCUGAAUGGGCAUUUUUCCUUCCAUUGGAUGGGAAGAAAAAGUCAAUUCGAGCUUCCUCAGUUUUCAUAAUACAACAAACAGUAAAUUUUGGUCCGUACCUGCCUGGCAUGAUGAAUCAUGGUGCAUGUCCAGUGGCCUCUCAAACUAAAUUUUAGGAUCAACAAGAAUCUCCUCUUUUGUACAUUGCUUUGGUUGCGGAAGUUCCGUAAGGCUAGAGCAGCACCAGUAGACCCCGAUCAUACAAACGGCAGGUUUGAAAAUCACUCCAUCUUGUAGCAAGAGCAAGGAUCACAUAAAUGCUGGCUAACCUCCGGCAAAGAAACACGGGGGAAAUUGGAAGGGCGCUGCACAAUUUACGGCAGAUUUAGAUGAUUUUACCGCAUCAGCUCGACCACAUCCCAAGGUUUCUCCAAGGUCCUAGCUAGCAAGUUCCAAACAGAGACAUGGAACUGGCCCCAGCACUUUUUAAGAG